AUGGCAGCUUCGGGUAUGGCCAAACCCAUAGAAGUGUCCAAGCAGCAAAUCUGGGAAGUGCAAUCUGACCAUGUGGAGGAGGAGUCAUCAGUAUCUAUAAAUAGCACACACCCGGACCAAGCGUUUGGAUUUGCUCGGGUGUUCUUCACGCAAGCACCAUUAGAGCAUCUGGAGGCCGUGGAUCCCAUGUCGGAG